UUUCGAAUAUUCAUCAUGUUACGUGGCGACUUACAGAAUAGAGAUCCACAAAUUACUGGAAGGGAGUUGACAUCCUCAAAUGAUGGUGACUUAACUGAAGAUUUGAUGCAGAAUCAUGAUGUAUUCUUGAGUACCCUUCAGUCCCGCUUGACGAAAUUACAGGUGUUGCGGCAUUUUUGGGAUCGGAAUGAUAUUAAUGGUGCUAUUGAUGCUGUGAGGAAGUUGCCUGAUCAUUCUGUACAAGCAGACCUGAUGAGUAUUCUCAUGGAGAAAAUGGAGAUUCUCACCUUAGAUCUGUUUUCUUGCUUGCUGCCUGUGCUUUUGGGUUUACUGGAUAGCAAGAUAGAAAGGUAAAUUUUUAUGUUGCUGGGGGUCGGAAAACAUUGACAUGGGGUGCUGUAGUGUGUGAUAAUGCUUUCCGGGUUCUUAAGUCCAGAUUAUUGACCAAAUCCAGGGGACCCAAUCUACUAGUAAUUUGUUAAGAGAGUUGACUUUAUAUUAUAGUUUUCAUGUUAGAAAAUAGUCUUUUAAUGAAGAAUGGAUUAAUCUAGUGGAGGAUCCAAGAACUCUUCCUGCACUAUCUCUU